UUGUAAAACAUAUAUAUUAAUAUCAUUCUCUUUCAGAAAUAUCAAGCAAGAGAAACCUAGCUCCAAUGGAAAACAAGGAUAAUGAAGCUCCCAUCACCUGCACUUACGAUGAUUUUGAACCCAUGUGCAAGUGGCGAAGAGAGGAAGGAUGUGACUUGCUUGAGGUCCAUGGUCUCCAAGAUUUCGAAAGGGAACAACUCAAAGUUAGAAUAAACCUUGGCACUACUCUAGUCAUAACCGGAGAACGCCCUCUGAAGAAUAAUAUCAGAAGUCGUUUUCGGAAGGAAAUCAAAAUCUCCAAGCAUUGCGAAAUAGAUGAAAUUCGUGUGAAGUUUGGCACAGCAGGAAUUCUUCAUGUAUCACUGCCUAAGAAAACAUCCAAAAAAAUAAGCAAUAGUGGAGAUGUCAAUGCAAGUUUGCCAUCAAAUUACCUAAUUGGCCUAGAAAGUUCGACUUGCUGCAGACUAAAAUUGGCUGCGCAAGGUAUGGCUGUGGUAGUAUUUGCCAUGGCUAUUGCAGCAUUUGUAUACAAACCGCGUCGUUGUGUUCAAGUUGAAAGCUAAUCAUAUUAAUAUUUCUUCUGUAUAUAUAAUCUAAUUGUUGAUAAUAUGAAAACUUUGAUUAA